AUGAGCGACAGCGAGGAUGUCGACGUCGAAGCGCCGGAGCUGGCGCCAGAUGACCCGAUGCGAGCUUUCCUCCCGACCUCAUUCGGGAAGAAGUCGAAAGAUGCAGACAUAGCGGCGCAGAUAGACCGCAGCAAGAGGGCCGCGGAGAAGCCAAAGGACCAACCACAGGUGAAAGACGAAGGAUCCAAAAAGGGCUCGAAAUCUGAUUCUGAUGGCGACAGCGAUGACGACGACUCGGACAACUCGUCAAGCGACGACGACGACGAAGAUGAAUUCCCCGUCUCUCACGAGCUCGUCCUCAAGACCCACGACCGGACCGUCACGAGUGUCUCUGUCGAUCCCUCGGGGUCCAGGUUAGCCACUGGCUCCCUGGACGGCACCGUCAAGCUCCACGACUUUGCCUCGAUGACGACCACCACCCUGCGCGCCUUCCGAAGCAUUGACCCCUGGGAGACGAAGAGCGCCACCACGGCAGCAGAGUCAUACCCAUUGAACCUCGUCAAGUUCAACCCGCUGGCGGGCGGCGGCGGUUCACUACUGUGCAUCUCGUCACAUCCACAAGCCAAGAUUCUGUCGAGGGACGGAGACAUCCUGACGGAAUUCGUCAAGGGAGACAUGUACCUGAGGGAUAUGCACAACACAAAAGGCCACGUCUCUGAGAUCACAACAGGCACCUGGCACCCGACCGACAGGAACCUGUGCGUCACAGCCGGCACAGACAGCACCCUGCGGAUAUGGGACAUCAACAACAAACGCAGUCAGAAGGAGGUUAUCGUUUUCAAGUCCAAGGCAGCUGGUUCGGCGGGUCGGACGAGGAUGACCGCAGUGGCAUGGGGUGCGCCGGCCCAGGGCGGGAGCAACGCCUUGGUUGCCGCUGCUCUGGAUGGAACACUGGUGAUGUACAGUGGCAACGGCCCAUUUACGAGACCAGCUGCGGAGGUUCGAGACGCCCACAAGCCAGGCACCUGGACUGGUGGUGUGGACAUCAGCUCAGACGGCCGGAUGGUCGUGACGAGAGGCGGCGACGGGCUGAUCAAGCUUUGGGACACUCGCAAGUUCAAGCAGCCUCUGGUGUCGGCCGAGCACCCUUCUACGUCGGACAGGUUCGCAAUGACCAACAUCAAAUACUCGCCCAACUCGGCGGCAAUCAUCACCGGAUCUGCGACUGGCCACCUCCAUAUCCUCAAUCCCGGCAAUCUCAAGGCAGAACUCGUCACACCGAUCACGCCGGGCGUGCCGUUGAUCGUGACGGAGUGGCAUGCGAAGCUCAACCAGAUCAUCACGGGCUCGGCAAACGCAGAGACACACGUCCUCUACAACCCGUCCAUGUCCCAGCGCGGCGCGGUGGACGUGAUGAGCAAGGCGCCCAAGAAGCGGCACGUCGACGACAACCCGGCAUUCACGAUGGACCAGACGCUCGGGCUGUCGGGCGACAGCAUCAUCACGCCGGGGGCGCUGUCUGCGCAGCACCGCAAGGCCGGGGUCACGGGCACGGGCAAGUCGCUCGACCCGCGCCGGCCGCAGGUGCAGCAGAUCACGCCGUUCAUGCGCAGCCAGCCGGACGAGAAGCACAUCGAGGAGAACAUCCCGCUCAGCAAGAUGCUGCACGAGGACCCUAGGGAGGCGCUUCUCAAGUAUGCCGACGUGGCCAAGAAGGACCCGCUGUUCACAAACGCGUGGAAGGAGACACAGCCCGUCACCCAGUAUGCGGAUAUCAGUGAUGAGGAAGAAGAAGGUCCUGAUAAGAAGAAGGUGAAGCGAUAG